AUGGCGGUGUCGAAGAUUGGCGGACCAAUGAUGCUCCCGGGCAAAGUGCCGCCGCCGGAUCUGUGCCCGCCGUAUGCCAAGCGCAGCUCGACGUGUAGAACCUGGUACUUGGGGCAUACGCCAAGACUCUUGCAACGGCGGUUGGAGGAGGGAAUUUUCCGACCUUCGGAAAUUCUUCACUGUGCAACUGGAAAAUCAAAAGGCGGAAGCUCUGCUUCCGCCGAUAUCACGAGUCGAAAGGUCGUUGCUGGCGAAAUUCCGCACAAUCUUGGCAAUCCUGUUGCCCUAGUGGCUCUGAGCAGCUUUACAAACGCUGCGCCUAUUGAGGGCUCAGAUAAACGUGCCAUCUCCUCCAUCGUCAGUGGCACACCCGUUGGAAUGGCCUCUAGCGUCACUGGCGGUGGUACAGCAACUGUCGUCUAUCCGACCACCAUCGCUCAGCUGAAGGCGUACCUGACAUCAGACGACCCGCAGAACAUUGUCAUCUCAGGUACGUUCAACUUCGUGGGGUCUGAAGGCACCACUUCCUUGACGGCUUGCGAUGCAUACCCGUGCACUACUUCAGCUGGUGGUCAGGCUCUCCUCAACACGCUCGGCGGGUGUGGGUCCAAGUCGACCUACAGCGUGUCCAUCGACACGGCCGGGUACCAGGGCAUUAACGUCAAGUCCAACAAGACGCUCGUUGGUAAGAACGGCGCGACGCUCAAUGGGAAAGGGUUGCGUUUCGUGGGCGUCUCGAACAUCAUCAUCCAGAACAUUGCCAUCACAAACCUCAAUCCGAAGUACGUCUGGGGCGGCGACGCUAUAUCUCUGAGUCAGACCAACAAUAUCUGGAUUGAUCAUGUUACGACUUCGAGCCUUGGUCGACAGCAUUACAGUUUUGGUACCAGCUAUAACAAUGCCGUUACGAUAUCCAACAGCUUCAUCAACGGAAAGACGUCAUACUCGGCAUCAUGCGAUGGACACAGCUACUGGGGCCUCGAGCUUGUCGGAUCCGGUGACCAGAUCACAUUCUACAAGAACUACGUCUACUACACCUCGGGCCGCAGCCCGGCCCUGUCGGGCAACACGCUCUUCCACGCCGUGAACAACGUCUGGUCGUCCAACACGGGCCACCUGCUCGAGGGCGACAGCAACGGCAUGGGCCUGUACGAGGGCAACUACUUCACCAGCGUGCCGACGGUGGUAGCGUCGGGCUCCAGCAUCCGCCUCUUCAGCUCCAACUCGGGCGACGUCUCCAAGUGCGCGUCCUACCUGGGUCGGAGCUGCGUCUCGAACAGCCUGUCCAGCUCCGGCGCCUUCAGCUACAGCGACACUAGCUUCCUCUACCUGUUCCAGGGCAAGACGAACAUCGUGUCUGCGGCUUCGGCGUCGUCCAUUCAGAGUACCGUCCCCAGCUCCGCAGGCAACACAUUGUGA